CAUAUUUCAUUGUCAUUUCUCAAAAACAUGGUGGCAUUUCAGUGAAAAGGGUGUACAUUUCGACUAGUCAUUAAAAUUUAAGAAAGCUUAUUUAGCAAGAGUGUUUGAUACAAAUUGUAAACACCGAAUCAAUAAGCUCCAUACAAAAUUAAGGAUGACGUCUGAAGAGUCCCAGAUUUCUGAAGAACUGAAGGGAUGUUACGAGAAUCUUAUUGUUAUCGAUAUUGGUGCAAACUUGACGAACAAGAAAUACGGCCGUGAUCUGGAUUCUGUUAUUCAAAGGGCAAAAGACGCAGGAGUCCAAAAGAUAAUGGUCACGGGAACAUCGGUUAGGAGCAGUAAAGAAGCACUCAGGCUCACCCGACUCUACCCAAGCACUAUAUAUUCUACAGCAGGUGUACACCCACACGAUGCAAAAUCAAUGGUAGAGGAGGAAUUGUGGGCCGAGUUACAGGCCACGGCUUCUGCGCCUGAGUGUGUAGCGAUAGGAGAGUGCGGACUGAACUACAGUAAGGACUUUUCCGAACCGAAGGUGCAGAGGGAAGUUUUUAAACGGCAGGUUGAAAUCGCGUGCGAAUUACAAAAACCGCUAUUCGUACACGAGAAAGAGGCACAAGAUGAUCUCACAACGAUUUUAGACGAAUUCGGGAACAAAUUACCGCCCGUUGUCAUACACUCGUUCACGGGAAGUGUGGAACAAGGAAUCAAAUAUAUAGAAAAAGGUUUCUAUAUUGGUAUAACAGGGUAUAUUUGCAAGGAUAAGUCUGAUGGUGGUAUUAGAAGACUUCUGUCGGAGAGAAUUCUACCUCUGGACAAGUUGCUGGUGGAGACCGAUUCGCCCUUUAUGUAUCCCAACAUGCGGGCGUCGAAACUGCCGUUGCACGUCAAGGAUUCGCUUACGGAGAGAUCCCAGAACUUUGUGAAUCGUUAUUGCACCUUCCAACGUAACGAACCGUGUGCCUUACCCGCUAUAGUCGAACUCGUAGCUGGCUUCAGAGCUGAGAAGCCGGAAGACGUAGCGCUUGCAACUGCAUUCAAUGCGCUCAAGAUCUUCGGGCUUAGCCAGUAAGUGAUUUGAGGGUAGUUUUAAAAAUUCAUUCAUAAAUUGACUUUUGAGGGUAGAUUGAUAUAUAUUGAAUGCAAAACUUUUACCUUGGGUAUAAACUAUUACAAUUUACUUAACGUAGAUACAUUUUACAAACCAAAAGUUAAAUAUAAACAAAAAAUAUUUUCAUAUACUAAGUUUUGUUGUGCGUGAGGUCCCUAAAUCCAUUCUAUUUCAACGAAAUAAAAUGCUGUUUUAGUAUGAAAUGGAAGUUUGUCUCUGAAAAUCUAUUUAUGAAUGAAUUCUUCCUUGAAAUUGAAAUGUCUCGAUUGUCGACUUUAUUAUAUUAAUGAGUAUAAAUAAAAUAUACAAAUGAAAAUAUUUAUACUAUAUACAUGUUAUUUAAGAAAUUGAUAUUACUGAUUUUACAAUUGCUUAUGACUAUCGCCGUUUUGAUAUUUAAAAAAUGUUACCUAUGUGUAAAUAAUGAUUUAUUUUGAAAAGAGUAAGAUAAUUUUAUGACAAUAAUUGCAAUGAGGGAAACUCUUUUCAAAGAUGUGAUCGCUAUUUGAAAUGGCAGCUAAUUUUCCCCAUUUGAUAUGGCAAUAAGAGGCUAUUACUAACAGUUAAAUAAUCUUGCCAGAAAAUAAAGACUAGACAAGAGAAUGCCUCUCUAUACUCUAUGUUCAUAAUGAUAGGUUAAGAUUUACUGACAAAUUGUUUUGCUUAAAUACGUUUAGGUAUACCUGAACGCUUUAAAUGCCAUGAACUGCAUAAUAUUAGGCAGAAUUUUUGUUUAUAGCGAUAAGCUUUUUAUGUUUUGUAUUGUCUAUGGUGCACUUGCUUGUAUUUACGAAUAUAGUGGCAACAAUAAGCACAGUGAUCUCAUUUUAACCAAUGUAAAGUGUCAUCAUAGUUUUAGCAGACUUGUAAAUGAUUUAUUUAAGCAAUUUAAUCUGUGGUGACAUUUGACAUGUUUUGACAGAUAAAGCUAGAUAUUGUGUGACUUUACGCUAUGAUAAUAAUAGCUAAUAAUUAUUGUCAUAGCGUCUUUUUUGGGAUAUCUGUGCGAAUGCUAUUUAUCCCAUUUAUUCUAAAUAUUUAAACAGAUAUGCCAAAAAUACUGCCACUUAUUCGCACGGUGUUAUUUCGCUCUGGCCAGAGUAUUCCUAUUCGAAUUUUAUUUUUGUUUAUCGAAUAUUGUAAAUAGAUUAAUGUUGUUUAAUGCUGGUAGUCACAACGAAAUCAAAGACUGCGGGUAUUAUGUGGAUUUUAGUUUUGUUGGACUACGGAGGGUAGUCGAGUAUUGUUGAUUCCUUAUCUUUUGAUCACUAAGUCUAAGGGGUUAUUUAUUGUACUGAAUUGUAAUUGUAUACAUAAUAUUGUAGUUUAAGAUCCCUCGGACAAAUGUAAUGUAGUGCCUUCGACAUGACGUCCUUUUGUGAUACAAUAUUUUUUCAUAGAUUGUACAGAUUAUUUCUUGCAAUAAAAGUUUAAAAAAUAA